CUGACUUACCCAGAGUUCUGUGCUGCACGGCGGCACGUUGCGGAUUUUUCCAUAUUUUCACCUGAGAAAGGGGCCAAAUUCUGCCUGAAAUGAGCUGCUGUCCAGCCUUUAUAGACCUCCCAGAGGAGGAGCAGAUAAUAGAACUAAGGAAGUACCUGAAGACCACAGGAGCAGAGAUCUCUGAGGAGAACUCAGGUGCAGGAUGGAUCGCAGACCUGAUGCAGGUCAUUGACGCUACAGAAACGUGCUGGAAAUCAGCUGACGAAGCAGAAGUGGAAGGUUUCUUAACAAGUGUCCUGUCACUGGUGUUCAUCGUCCCCACUGCUAAGAUCGACGAGGUUGUCUUGUCCCUGUGUGAGAAGGUGGUGAAGGGAGGAGACAAGAUGAAGGAACUCAGGCUAAGAAUCUUGAACAACUUGUACAAUGGUGUUGAUGAGAGGUCCCCUGUCAGGUACAACGUGUACUGCGCCAUGGUCAAACUGGCUGGACAGACCAACAGUGUGGACUGUAUCAACACCAACCUGGAGGAGGUUCAGAAGUGGAUGAAACUGUGGAAUCUGGACACAGAGAAGAGGGUAAACCUGCUCCGCCGACUGCUAGAGGCUUUCCUGGAGUGCAACCAAAGUGAAACUGCCAGUAAAGCCAUGGUGGAGCUGUUGAGAAGCUACACAGAGGACAACGCCUCACAGGCCAGGGAUGACGCACACAGGUGUAUAGUGCAUCACCUGGCCCAGAAGGACAUGUACCUGGUGGACCACCUGCUGGUUCUCAAACCCAUCAAGUUCCUGGAGGGAGAACUCAUCCACGAUCUGCUGACCAUAUUUGUAAGAGGCAGUCUUCAUAACUACAUGGAGUUCUGCAAGGCCAAUCCAGACUACAUUGAAAAGCUUGGUCUGUCGCAUGAGUUGUGUAUAGAGAAGAUGCGUUUCCUGACGUUCCUGUCCAUGGCUUCUGACAACAAGGAGAUCAUGUUUGACACCAUGGAGCAACAACUCAACCUCACAGCUGACGAAGUGGAGUCAUUCCUCAUCGAUGUUGUGCGGACUCAGCUGGUGCAGGCGUCCAUUGACCAGAUCCAGCGUAAGGUGGUUAUCCGCUGGUCUCAGCAUCGCACGUUUGGCCGGCAGCAGUGGCAGCAGCUACGGGACAUGCUGGAGCGAUGGAGGGAAAACCUGGGCACGGUCCGGAACAACCUCCAACAACUCACACCAACCUCGUAGAAUAAAUACAGCAUACAUGGGACGGAAGGGGGUUAAGAUGUGUAAAACAAGUGAUAUUGGUACAGCCCUUUUUACACCAGGCCGUACCACGGCUACAGAUGAAGGAAAAAUGACUGUUUUGUGAAAAAAGUCUGCACCAUUUCUACCUGAUUAACAUUACAGGGGUCUAGCCAGCACCUGUUUUUCGGUCAAUUUACUUUGUGGCAUGUAACUGAAAAACUUUUGAACCAAUCUUCAUAGACAGGAUUAAGACAAAAAUCUUGGGUAAAAAUAUAAAAACAUCCAAAGGACCAACAACAACCACUCUUAACCCGAUGAUUUGCCUCUCAAGAUGUGGGAAAUUACAUUUUAUAGGCUUAAAAAUCCAAAAUUGGCCCCUCGAACCCCCCUAGAUAGCGAGCACUCUCCCCCCAGGUCAGGUCAGAUCAGCAAGCUGGCUAGAGCCCUGCAACAAUUUUUCCAAAUCUCUUCAGCACUGUUUGAAAAACUUUCUGUCCAUUAGACCCAUCAGCUUCUGUUUUCUUUUGAAACACCAUUUAUUAAGUUCAAUAGAGAUAUGAAAAUAUCUAUACCCACUAACAUGCUUACUACUAGAUCCAACACUUUCUGGAUAGUAUUGAAAUGUGGUAAGCAUCCUUGUUUUACAGAAAAUAUAACUGACAAAUACUGUACACAUAUUUAGACUACUGUAUUUGUAUCGUAUUCCGACAGCACAAUUCUCAAGUAGCUGCAGAUUAAAAAUGUUCAUUAAAACUUAUGAAUGUAUUGGCUAUGAAUUGGUUUAAAUCAUUCAGGUUUGUGUUUGAACCAUGUUGAUAGGAAUUCUUUGCUGUGAAACCAAUGAUGGACAGAAAUAAUGCUACUGGUAACUAAAUAUCUGUGUUUUGUUGUGAAGACGACCAUGUUUUCUACAUUUAGUCAUGUUGAUGAAGGUUAGACAUCCAGGUUAAACAAUAUUCAAAGAAAAUUCAAACUCUUCUACGACGGAUGUCACUCGAAACAUCCAGAAGUUAUCUCUGUUAUUUAUCCAGUAGGAGAGCUUGAAUUGUCUUGGAAUAGGUUUCCUAGCCGUUCAUGGCAGCAUCACAGAAUAUUGAAGAAAUAUUAAAACCACAGCAUUUCAUUUAGUC